AUUUGCCAUGUUUCAACCCUGAAAGCUUGAACAACUGACGGAAGAAGAGAAACUUCGAGAGCUAGACAGACAGACGGUGAGAGAGAUGGCGGAAGCACAGAAGAGACAAGGUGGGAGACCCUUGCCACCAUCUGCCAGAGGUCCUCCUCAUCCUCUCCGCCCUCGCUUCGAGCCCGUUGAUCGCGAAAAAACAUGUCCGCUCCUGCUUCGAGUUUUCACGAAGAUUGGUGGUCAUCAUACCAAGGAAGACUUUGCAGUGAGAGGCAAGGAACCCAAGGAUGAGGUUCAAAUUUAUACUUGGAAGGAUGCCACGCUUCGUGAGUUAACUGACUUGGUUAAAGAGGUUUCUCAAGCAGCACGUAAAAGGGAUGCAAGACUAUCCUUUGCUUUUGUAUAUCCUGAUAAGAAUGGUAGAUUCGUGGUGAGAGAGGUCAGUCUCUCUCUAUUUCUCUCUCUAUCUCCAUGUAAAUAUAUAUAUACCUUGUAGAAAGGACAAAGAAGU